AUGGUUCGAAAUGCAAAAGAUGAGAUCACCAACCUUUCUGUCUUGAUAUUCACGGAGUUGGUAGCAUACUUUGUUGGUGAUCUCAGAGAGACACUGGUACUCAGCAUGGGACAUUAUCUCUUCAGAGACCCUAUGGCCGGCGCAGAGAUUUAUGGUGCUCACAAGGAGUUCUGCUUCUCCUUGUUCUACACCUUCGUCUUGCCACUUCAUCAACCACAUUUCCCACUAUACCAACCAGUAAGGGAAAAGAAGAAACACAUUGGAAUCAGAAUAAUGGCAAUUAGUACAAAUGGGUGGUAG